CUUCACAUCUCAGUAAUGGGGGGGAUGAUCGCCCUGCUGCUCUCCAUCCUGUGCCUGGUGAUGAUCCUCUACACCCGCCGGCGCUGGUGCAAGCGCCGCCGUGUGCCGCAGCCCCAGAAGAGCGCCAGCGCCGAGGCAGCCAACGAGAUCCAUUACAUCCCCUCCGUGCUGAUAGGGGGCCACGGCCGCGAGAGCCUGCGCAACGCCCGCGUGCAGGGCCACAACUCCAGCGGGACGCUGAGCAUCCGCGAGACGCCCAUCCUGGAUGGCUACGAGUACGACAUCACGGACCUGCGCCACCACCUGCAGCGCGAGUGCAUGAACGGCGGCGAGGACUUCGCCAGCCAGGUCACGCGGACGCUCGACUCCCUGCAAGGCUGCAACGAGAAGGCGGGCAUGGAUCUCACACCAGGAAGUGACACUGCCAAGCUGUCCUUGAUGAACAAGUACAAGGAUAACAUCAUUGCCACCAGCCCCGUGGACUCCAACCACCAGCAGGCCACGCUGCUCUCCCACACCUCCAGCAGCCAGCGCAAGCGGAUCAACAACAAGUCACGAGCAGGCUCUGCGUUUCUGAACCCCGAAGGGGAUUCCGGGACGGAGGCGGACAAUGAUCCCCAGCUGACCUUUUACACAGAUCCGUCGCGGAGCAGGCGGCGAAGCCGGGGUACCUUGCGAAGUCCCGUGAGCAAGACCACACUGACCCUGAUCAGCAUCACCAGCUGUGUCGUCGGGCUGGCCUGCGCCUCCCACGUGAGCUGCCCCCUCGCGGUCAGGAUUACGCUGCACGUCCCGGAGCACCUGAUAGCUGACGGGAGCAGAUUUAUCUUGCUCGAGGGCAGCCAGCUGGAUGCCAGUGACUGGCUAAACCCGGCCCAGGUGGUGCUCUUCUCCCAGCAAAACUCCAGUGGGCCCUGGGCCUUGGACUUGUGCUCCCGACGGCUCCUCGACCCCUGUGAGCACGAAUGUGAUCCUGAAACUGGCGAGUGCCUGUGUUACGAAGGAUACAUGAAGGACCCUGUUCACAAGCACCUCUGCAUCCGGAACGAGUGGGGCACGAACCAAGGGCCAUGGCCGUACACCAUAUUCCAGCGAGGAUUUGACUUGGUGCUGGGGGAACAGCCGUCAGACAAGAUUUUCAGAUUCACGUACACGCUGGGGGAAGGGAUGUGGCUACCCCUGAGCAAGAGCUUUGUGAUCCCGCCGGCCGAACUGGCCAUCAAUCCAUCCGCCAAGUGCAAAACGGACAUGACUGUCAUGGAGGAUGCGGUCGAGGUCAGAGAGGAAUUGAUGACCUCCUCCUCCUUCGACAGCCUGGAGGUUCUGCUGGAUUCGUUUGGGCCAGUCCGGGACUGCUCCAAAGACAACGGCGGCUGCAGCAAGAACUUUCGCUGCAUUGCUGACCGGAAGUUGGACUCGACCGGUUGCAUGUGUCCCCCCGGGCUCAGCCCCAUGAAGGAUGGCACGGGCUGCUAUGACCGCCACGUCGGGGUGGACUGCUCGGACGGGCUCAACGGGGGCUGCGAGCAGCUCUGCCUGCAGCAGACAGCCCCUUUCCCUGAAGACCCUGCGCUGUACAAUAUCCUCAUGUUCUGUGGCUGCAUCGAAGACUACAAGCUAGGGCUGGAUGGGCGCUCCUGCCAGUUGGUUUCGGAGUCCUGCGCGGAAGGCGGAGACUGCGACGAGAGCCGAGAGCUGCCCAUGAACCAGACUCUCUUUGGGGAGAUGUUCUAUGGUUACAACAACCAGACGCAGGAGGUGGCACCGGGGCAGGUGCUGAAGGGGAUGUUCAGGCAGAGUAACUUUGCCCGAGGGCUAGAACAGCAGCUGCCGGAUGGCCUGGUGUUAGCAACUGCCCCGCUGGACAGUCAGUGCCAGGAAGUGCUCUCAGAGCCUAGUCCUGACCCAGAUUUUCUCACAGGGAUGGUGAACUUCAGCGAAGUCUCCGGGUAUCCGCUGCUGCAGCACUGGAAGGUGCGCUCCGUCAUGUACCACGCGCGACUCAGCCAGCUGACCCCCUCACAGGCUUUUGGAAACGCCCUCCAUUCUCUGGAUGGAGCCACAUCGCGAGGAGACUUUGUGGCUCUGCUGAGCCACUUUGGCAACCACUACAUCCAGGAAGCGGUCUACGGCUUCGAGGAAUCCUGCUCCAUCUGGUACCCGAGUAGGCAGGUCCAGAGGCAGCUCUGGCUGGAGUACGAGGAUAUCAGCAAAGGCAACUCCCCCUCGGAUGAGUCCGAAGAACGAGAGCGAGAUCCUCGCGUCCUGACCUUCCCGGAGUACAUCGCCAGCUUGUCUGAAUCCGGGACCAAGCGCAUGGCGGCCGGCGUGCGCAUGGAGUGCCAAAGCAGGGGCCGCUGCCCGGCAUCCUGUCCUCUGUGCCACGUGACCUCCAGCCCAGAUGCGCUGGCGGAACCCAUCUUGCUGGAGGUGACCAAAGCAGCGCCCAUCUACGAGCUGGUCACCAACAAUCAGACGCAGAAGCUGCUGCAAGAGGCCACGAUGAGUUUGCUGUGGUGCUCAGGCAGUGGGGACGUCAUCGAGGACUGGUGCCGCUGUGACUCGAGCGCGUUCGGUGCUGACGGGCUCCCGGCCUGCGCCCCCCUUCCACACCCCGUGCUGCGACUGUCCACGGCACACGAGCCCAGCAGCUCCCUGGUGGUUCUGGCGUGGGAGCACUCGGAGCCCCCAAUCGGGGUGCAGAUCGUGGAUUACCUCAUCCGCCAGGAGAAGGUCACAGACCGCCUGGACCAUUCCAAGGUGGAAACUGAGACGGUGCUGAGCUUUGUGGACGACAUCAUCUCUGGAGCCAAGUCACCCUGCGCGAUGCCAGCCCAGGUGCCCGACAAGCUCUCCACGACCAUCUCCUUGAUCAUUCGCUGCCUGGAGCCCGACACCACCUACAUGUUCACCCUCUGGGGCGUGGACAACACGGGAAGGCGCUCCCGAUCGAGCGACGUGACUGUGAAGACCCCUUGUCCGGUGGUUGAUGAUGUGAAAGCCCAAGAAAUCGCGGACAAGAUCUACAACCUCUUCAACGGCUACACCAGCGGGAAGGAGCAGCAAACCGCCUACAACACCCUCCUGGACCUGGGCUCCCCGAGCCUCCACCGCGUGCUGUACCACUACAACCAGCACUACGAGAGCUUCGGGGAAUUCACCUGGCGCUGCGAGGACGAGCUGGGGCCUCGGUAA